UUGGCCGGCGCGGGCACACGACGUGCGUGACAAACGAACAAUUUUUUUUGUAGAAAUAAAAUGUCGAAGUGCCUAACAGUAAUUAGUGGAAUUUUUAUUUAAGCCUAAUACAACAUUUUGGUGUAUUCCGUUUGUGAUAGACUAUAGUGUUUGAAAAGGAACUUUAAUCCGAGUGUAACAUAGUAGACUUUGGUAAAACACAUUUAUAUUCAUACAGUGUGAUGUCAUUGCAAUAAAUAAACAACUGGAUCCAGUUUUCGAAGCACACAAAGCGAGCUGUUGGUAGGAAAAAUAGAAAAAAUAUAGUCGAAAUAAAAAAAACCGGGUGUUAGCGGUUUUUUGUAAGGGAUCAUUAGUUAAAAGUAUUAAAGGUGAUCACCGGUGACGAUAUAACUGCGUCAGUGAUGGUGAUGGCCAGUGGGGGCGGUGGUGGACUGGUCCAGUCCCCACCCGACAUGAUGCACCACCACAAUAUCAUGGACACCUCAUCACACGUCGAAAUGAUGCCCAAAAAGCUACGGCUCUCGUUAUGCGUGGGUUGUGGUGGUCAGAUCCACGACCAGUACAUCCUGAGGGUGGCUCCGGACCUGGAGUGGCACGCAGCCUGUCUCAAGUGCCAGGAGUGCCGGCAGUUCCUCGAUGAAUCCUGCACCUGCUUCGUCAGAGAUGGGAAGACGUACUGCAAGAGGGAUUAUACUAGGUUAUUUGGCACAAAAUGCGACAAAUGCGGCUCCUCGUUUAGCAAGAAUGACUUCGUGAUGCGAGCCAAAACGAAGAUCUAUCAUAUCGACUGCUUUAGAUGUUGCGCCUGCGCGAGACAACUUAUACCUGGUGACGAAUUCGCGUUACGAGAAGGUGGAGCUUUAUACUGCAGAGAAGACCAUGACGUAUUAGAAAAGAGCGCGACCGCGAGCAGUGGCACGAGCGGCAACGCAGAGAGCAACAACAACACCACAUUGAGCAACAACAACUCGCAUCAUCCGCACGAACUCGGCUCUAUGUCUGAUUUCCUUGUGUCCGCAGAUUCGGGCAGUGAGUCGGGAUCGCAUAAGAGCGGCCGCGCGCGCACUACCGCGGCGGCUGAUGGGAAACCGACGCGAGUGCGCACUGUGCUUAAUGAAAAACAGUUACAUACAUUGAGAACUUGUUACGCCGCCAACCCCCGCCCUGACGCCCUGAUGAAGGAACAGCUAGUGGAGAUGACAGGCCUCAGCCCACGAGUCAUCAGAGUCUGGUUCCAGAACAAACGAUGCAAAGACAAAAAGAAAACUAUGCAGCUUAAGAUGCAGAUGCAACAAGAAAAGGUCCCAACUUAUAAUUUGCCACAGGAAGGCCGACGUCUCGGGUACAUGUCCAUGGGAGUACCACUGGUAGCCGGGUCUCCAGUGCGGCAUGAGCCAGCCGGAUCCCUGGCUCUGGAGGUGACCGCCUACCAGCCUCCCUGGAAGGCUCUCUCCGACUUCGCGCUGCAUGCAGACCUGGACAGGGCACCGCAACAUAGUGCUGCGUUCCAACAGCUUGUCAACCAGAUGCACGGCUACGACAUCCCAAACCUGCCCCCGCCGCGCGCGCCGCACGAGGACAACUACGUCACCUACCUUGAGAGUGACGACUCUCUCCCCCCCUCUCCCUAGUGCCGUGUCACCUAAACCAAGCACUACGACAGUGCUCAAAACUAUCAACCUAAAAUAGCCUUUAUUGCGAAUGAAGUACUGUUCUUUUUUCAAUGGUGUUUGGUGGAUAUAGCACUUUCUGGUUUCGAGUGAAGAAGUUUUCGUGCUUUCUGAGUUCUUAAGGCCUGAAAAUGCUGCGAAGUGUCGUUUCUUUGUUCGUCUGGAGUUAUUGGGAGAUUGUCUAUAUUGUAAAUACACUAUCAAUGUGAACUAAGGAUGGCAGUUUGUCGUGAAUGGGUGAGCCAACCCUAGAUUGACGAUCGAAGAAUGAAGCUUCGGUACUGUUUGAAACAAACUAAGUAAUUUCACAGUAAAGUCUGCUAAAAUAUCGCUGAAUAAAAGAUUUCUGUUCUAAGUGAUAGGAGUAAGGUUAAACAAAGCUACUACUACAAAAUAUCGAAUAUUUUUGAGCAAUAAUGACAUACUACUUAUAUAAAAAUAAUGUUUUCAAUAUCAGUACUUAUAAAUAAAAUGCCUGUCUUAUUAAUUAUAAUUUAUAGGUGGACACUUUAUAUAUAAACUUAAACAUUAUAACUGCCCGAAAAUAUGUAAUAUACAUAACGAGAAUUCGAUGUAUUUAGGUAUUAUAAUAAUUAUGUGAUGUUUACCAUUAGUUUGUAUAUUAUAUUAUAUAAAAUGUACUUAUAAUUUUUAUAGUUUAUAAUUUUACCUUUGGGUAUGUUUUUUUUUUAUUUUUAUAUUAAUGAUCUGUUAGUGUUUUCGGUGUAAAUAGUUUUCAAUGUAAAUAUUACUGUAUAAAUUAUGAAAUAUAAAUAAAUAAAUAAAUGUAAUUAUAUUUACUUACUAAUUAAUGUAAGCGUGUAUCAACUAAGGCCUUCUUUAUGUAAAAACGUAGUCACUUUUAUACAUACUAUUUUUAUUUUGUCGUGUAAUAUAUAAAUAAAUAAAUUGACAUUUAAAUUUCACUAAACAGAAAUCUUUAAAUUUCUACCAACUUAUUUCUACAGUUACCAGUGUCGCUAGUUUCUUUGUAAAACAAGUUACUAUGCUUAGGAUUUUGUUAGUUCCAAUUUUAUCCGUCUGCACGAAUAAGUUGGUAGAAAAUUUACUGUAAUUUUUUUAAUUGUUGUUUUUUUUUUGUAACGCAUUGUUCUAGAGAAAUAUGUAUCGAAUUGUAAAAAAAAAACAAAAUAUAUCGAUUUUUAUCGUUCUAUUUCGAUAGGAAUACCAACCGUUAAUUUAUUUGGUAGCUAAUUACACUGUACUUAGAUUGUGAGCAUAAUAUUAUUAAUAAAAAUAUUGAGUACGUAUUAAA